UCUUCGAGUUGAGGAAAAUCAAUCGAAUCUCCGAAGUGCCCACCAUUACGGUUUCUCGCUCUUUUAAUUUUGAUUACUUGCUUGCUAAGUGAGGAGUAUUCAUUAAAAAAAGGAGGAAAAGGAAAAGAGCAAAUGGUUUGGUGGAGUUCAUGAAAGAUAGCAGGAUGGGUUAAAGUAAGAAAUGUGCUGGGCCAGAGUUGAUGGCACUGAGAGCUAUUGGUGCAUGGUGUAUCCACCUUGCCCACAAAAUCUACAUUGAAAAAGUUUGCAGCUAUACUGGGGUCAGGAACUCGGGAUGAUGCAUGUGUUAGGAACAAUGGGUGAAGGAAUAUCAAAUGUACCAGUGCCAUGUUACUUCAAAAUUUAAAUCAUCUGAAUGCAGUAUAAAUGGCUAUUGGAUCCCUCAACUUAUUGGACUCAACUCAAGAGAGAGAGAGAGAGAGAGAAACAUCUCAUUAUCCCCCACAUUGGAGGAAUCCUCAAACCACACAUAUCCUCGCGCAACAUGGAGGAGAAGAAGCUCCGGUUGUUCGGCUUUGAGCUCGAUCCCUCGGCUGCACCGAGAAGCCAGAGCGAUAAGCGGAGCACGGAAAAGUCGUUAACCGAUCGCGCCGAAGAAAAGAAGUAUGGGUGCCAGUUCUGUCUGAAGGAGUUUGCGAAUUCGCAAGCCCUGGGGGGCCAUCAGAAUGCUCACAAGAAGGAGAGGAUGAAGAAAAAGAGACUGGAGGUUCAGGCGCGAAAAGCUGGCAUGAAUUAUUAUCUCCAGCCUCUUAUAAGAAGCCACAGUUCUGAGUGCAACAUCUCCAUCCCUUGGUUGUAUGAUCCGUCGCGAUCCGGCCCCGAGUUUGUUCUGUUUGAAGAAUCUCAGGGCAGCUUCAAAGCCUGUGAUCAGAACAUGUAUUAUGUGGGUGGCUUCUUUGCUGCCAAACCGGCUUCUUUUAAAAGCAGCUUCUGCAAGCAGCCGGCUGUCGCCAAGCCGUCGUCGCCGUCGCCGAAGCGUAAUUGCAAACUUUUGGAUCUUCACUUAGGCUUGUAGUUAAUUUUUAUUGGAACUUAGGUAGGGAUUUGCCUUGAAUUGUUGUAUCUUGUUAGCAAUUCUGAAGAUCAUGCAGAAUAUUUGUGUAAUGGAGAGCAUGCGUGACUUGUACCAUGCUAUUGUGUAAUAGAAUUAUUGUUAUAUGCUGGAUUUUAGCAGUUUAGAUUUCAAAAGAAAUGGGAAAAAUUUUAGAUGAAAA